AUGCCACUGCCAACGCCGGCCCGAGCACGAGCAAACCAGCUCUGGAGGCCAACAGGAGCACCAACACCACGCAAAACAAACCUCAACCCAGCGAACAAUAGCAUUGUACUUGUACUUCGUAGCACACAACCAUUCAGCGCGAGGCCACCAAGCCUCAACGGGAAAGCAACCGCUUCGGCUACGUCCGACCCAAUGACAGGUCAUUUAGGGGCACGACAACAACAACAACAACAACAGCACUGUUGA